AUGACUGAUCGCGGAGGGCUCCUCCUAGCGGCCCUGUGCCUGGUGGUGUCCGGCCUGGGCGCCCUGGCCGCACCGAACGAGCAGUGCUCACAGCCGCCGUCCUGGCAGCUGGACGGUAUCGACUUCAUGGAGGAAAGUCGCGGAAAAGUCGUCGUUCUACAGAUAUUAGAACGCCUGCGACUGGAACUCCAAGCGGAUGGUGUCACCGACGUCUCCUUUGGGGUGAUCAACGGGAAGGGGUUUAUAUCCAAGCUGCACCUGCGGGAGUUGGAGGGGAAGGUGAACUUCGGCGUGUACCAGGACACAGCCAGGGCCAACGUCUGGCGGCUGUUGGGUGGCAAGAAGGACGACUUCAUCAUUUACGACAGGUGCGGACGGUUAGCUAAACACAUCCGGAUGCCGGAGGCUUACCUGAGGCGUCCUGACGUUGAGGACGCCAUCCGGGAGGUGUACGCCGGGGGCCCGUGCGGGUACUGUGCCGCCUACCCGGGCCCGGAGACCACGCCGAGACCAGCCCUCACCACCCCUGCAGCUGGUCUCCUCACGAGUGGUCCCGUCCUCACUAUGGCAUCAGACAUCGGGUCAGGAGAUCUGGAUGAGGAGUUCAUCUUAAAUGUCAUGAGUGACGCGGAUGUGUCCGACACCCCCCUCCCCACCUCCACCUCCCCACAGAACGGCACGUCUGUAGACAAGGUGACAAAAAGCGUCAUGUUUAGGGAACACAACAACACAGAGUCUCAACAGAGGAACAUUACACGUCAUCAUCGUCGUCAUCAUAAUCACCGUCACCGAGGUGACCGUGACCGUAGUCAUCAACAAAAGUCACAAGACGAGGACACAGCUAACUAAGUUUUUCCUGAAUCGUCUGGAUAACACGAACUCCAGCCUCUACUUCUUUCAAAUUAAAUCCCUAUCUGAGCAGGCUACAUCAAAAACCAGCUGCAGCUCCCCCGAGACUCCUUUUGCUGAAUUUUCUAAACAUUUUAAAAUCGAUGGUAGUAACUGUAAAAUGUCUCCGCUCCGGAGGCGUCGCCAAGAAGUAAUGUUUGCUUUCGGCAACUGAAUCAUGGAUACAACCACACUUUAUUUAUUCUCAUUCAACCACACCAUUUACGAAUGUGUAGCUGACUCCAUUCUACUUUCUUUCACCCAUUGGUCAUACAUUCUGUAGGUCUUGGGCAUUUCUCGGCAUUUCCUCUUAGAAAACAAUUAAUAACGCUUUUCUUCAUGACGCUUUAAGGUCUUGAUCAUGAAGACGUCAGGCUAAAACCUUAACGGGUUGUCUGAGGUUGGAGUCUCUACAAGAUUAUGAGCGGUCAUGAGAAGAGUUUUAUUUCAUGUCGAAGGGGAAACCUAUUACAGCCUAGCUUCUUUAUCUUUUAUUGAAUUAGAUUUCCGUCCAAAAUAUGUUGUUUUUUUAAAUAGUUUUGAACUGUUUGUUUCGUCAGUUUGCAUGUUUUAGAUAGAUAACACAUAGUUUCAACAGAUCUAACACAUACUUUCAACAGAUUUGUUGAAACUUAAAAAAAAUAAGCGAGUUGAAAGAUAACUUAACACGUGCUAUGUUCAAGGAACAACGAUGGACAAAUUCGUCAUUGUAUAGGUGAUAAAAAUGUUCGCUUUGUGGUACAUGUAAUAAAAUAUUUUGCUAGGUUCCUUCCACCCACCAGUCCCUGUCCACAUCCGGGUAAACCGUAGAACCAUAUUUAUGACGAUCCCCAACAAAACGGGACUUCCCGCCUUGGGGAUCCGAUGGCAUCAUGGGAAACUGCCAACACAUGCUGUGUAUGACGUCAUGGACUGGCGAGUGGAAGAAAUCUGUCAAUAAACCAAGAGUGU